GGCGGUAGGAUGGAGAAGGUCGCAAAUUAAAAACACUGCAUUCGCAACAUGUAUCAGGCGCUAGACUUGGAGUGGAGUCGUCAUCGUCCGGUCGUAUGUUUUUGAAUUUCGGACACUAAAUUCGAACAAAUUUUCUUUCGUCUAUCCUCGUUUGUGUGUCGUCUGCGCUGUCGUCUUUGCGUCGUUGAAGCAUGAGGGAUUUUUACAUGUCGAAGCAGUUGUUGUGUCGCAUGAAUUCUUUUCCUGGGGCGGUAAGCAAGUAUCUAUUGGCAGCAACAGCAUUUAUGACGCAGUACUUUGUUCGGCAGUACCGAAGUUAUUUUUGUAAACUGCAUUUUAUAUUCAUUUCAUCAACAGCAUCGGUCGGAGCUCUUGUGUAUCUGGUGUGCCUGAACCUGCAUCGCAGGGUGCAAAAUGGACGACUUCAUCGUCUUCUUUGACACCGACGGCCGCCAUGAGGGACAAGAGCCAGCGCCUGUGGCGAAGAAAAUCUUGCGGCAAGAUCAAACUUCCCGUCCCAGCACUGCACGCGACGAAACUACAAAAACAAAAUGCCACAACACGAUACCUCACCUAGAGCCGGACGAGACGGUUGAAAUCAAAAUUUAUCUCGAUGCGGCAGAAAGCACGUCAAUACCACGUGGUCAAGUGCACGAGCCACCUAUUUUAUUACCAAGCUCGGCUUCGGCUUUCUCAUUGCAGGAAAAGCUGCCUCGCGACCACACGGCGUUGACGCUUGAUCACGAAGAUGGUGCCAAGAGCAAAGCCACGUCCGCACGAAAAACGGAUGGAGAUGAGAAAAAGCCCGUCGCUGUAAAACUGAAUAGAGAAAAGUUCAUUCCAACAGAAACUACUACACGCGCAAAUCAUGGUACUAAGGCUGUCUCACGACAAAUUCUGCCUGCUUCGCCCACCCGUGUUUCCUCCUUGCCUCCAGCCUCCGCUCGUGUGAAACGGAACCGAAAGCGCUACUUCUGCUACCGCACAAUCGAGUUUCUGCUCUACGACAGGGACGACGAGAAGAAGUGUUCUUUUGAAGAUGGACAAGCUGGAUUUCACUAUCGCGAUCUGGAGCUCGGGGAAGGAACAGGAGUAGGUCAUAUCGACGACGACGAUGUUGAAAGCGAAGCCUGCAAAAAGACGCAAAAUGCCUGGUUCGCGCAGAGCGUCAUCAACCCAGGGAAAAUAAAACCAGCAGCAAAAAGUAGAACUACAACAAAAAAUACAGAAAACAAAGGACACGACCAGCACCCGUUCGCGUUCCUGCGGAAUUUCCUUUUCCUCCAGACGCUGAACCUGAGUAUUCUGUUCCACAUGAUCAAAAGUAGCUUCAUCAACGUCGACGCGAUGUAUGGUUUUCAUCCGCAAGGCCUGUUCAGCAACGUCUUUACUUUUGCUAAGCAUAAAGCCGCAACCUCGUUUCUCGCGGUCCGGACCGCGUUUCCCGCAGCCGCGGCGAUGUUGCAGAAGCAGAUGCAAAAAGAGGCGUUGGAGAAGCUGAUGAACACAGUGAAACAAUUCACGCUGGCGGAAAUGAAAAAAAAAGCCAAGACGGCGGCAAAAGCGGCGGUGAACCAGGCCAAAAAGGCGGUAAAGAACGCAGCGAAGAGCGUGGCGGACUCCGCCAAGCGGAAGGCGAAGGCUGUGGUUGCGAAGGGCAAGGCCGUCGUGAAAGCGGUGAAGGCGGCUCCCGGGAAGGCUCUGAAGGCGAUGAAAAGCGGUGCGGCAAAGGGCGCGAAGGCCGUGAAGGCAGGGGCCACGAAGGCCUUGGCUAAGGCCAAAUACGCGGCGGGGGCGCCCCGAAGGUUUAUGAGCCAGAAAAAGCAGGCCUUUAAGGACAUGAUGGCACGACGAGUCGCGAGAAACGCGCAGAAGAAAGUGGAGAAGGAGCAGAGGAAGGCCGCGAAGGCGGCCGCGAAAGCAGCGGCGAAGGCACUGAAGGCGUCGCGGCCGCCGAAACCGCCCCUGGGCACGCGGUUGAAGGGCGGCUUGAAGGCCGUCGGCGGAAAGGCAAAAGCCGGGAUGAAGUUCCUCGGCAACAAGACGGCGGCCGGCGCGAGGGCCGCGGGUGGGAAAGUCAAGGGAGGCGCAAAGUUUGUCGGCGGGAAAGUCAAGGGAGGCGCCAAGUUUGCCGCAGCAAAGGCGAAGGCUGGUGCGGUAAAGGUGAAGGCGGCCGUCACCGGGGCGUACGCAAAGACUAAGGGUGCAAUAACGGCGAAAGCGGUGGCGGCCUCGAACGCUUUGAAGGCCGUAAAGAUGUACCGGAAGCAACACGGGAUCGUCAGGACGGUGGGAAAGGGCAUCGUGCUCGGAGCGAAGGGCACCGCCAAAGCCGCAAAGGCAUCGGCCAAGGCCGUGCAGCGGGCGGCAAAGGCAGCCUACCGGGCCGGGCAAGCCGCCCACCGCGGCGCCACGAAGGCAACUAACGGAGUCAUCAAGGCAGCCGCGGCCGCGAAGCGCACCGCGAAACUCGUGCAGGCCAAGGCGGUCAAGUUCGGCGCCAAGGUGAAAGCGGUGACCGGUGGUGCCGCCAAAGGAAA